GUCAAAAUUAACUCACAAAUGGUGAAGAUACGUCAGUGUCGGUUAAAAAAUAGCCAAAAAGUCGAUUGUACAUGAAUAAAAACGCGAUUUCCGCGUAACACUGCGUUCAUAAUAGCCCUUGGACGGAAAUGUAAAUAGCGACAUGUUCCUUCCCACGCUACUUGUCCUAAUAUUUUCGCCAUUCGGUGUCUUAACCUCAAAACCGGAUAAAUUCACCGAAGAACUUUUCAUCAAGCCUCUGUACAGCGACCAAUUGUACGUCCAUUUCCACUUUGCUACCAAAUGGGAUACAAAUCCGGAACAGGAAACAUUCAGACACACUCAUAUUUUCCCCCGCGCCCUCGGCGAAAUAGUCGAAAGAUACAACGUACAGGAGCUCCACGUGUCGUUGACUGGCGGCUUGUGGCGCUAUGAGACUUGGGGUUACCCGAUUUUGGACGCUGCUCCUGGGGCUGAAGUGUGGGCUUGGUUUAAGGACACCACGGAAGAUGUGGACCAGAACUGGAAGUUGCUGGCGAGCUCAUUGUCUGGUUUGUUGUGCGCCAGCUUGAAUUUUAUAGACAAGGCCAACAGUAUUAGACCCGAAUACACUUUCAAGCCGAAAGGGGUGUUUUCAGGCAGUAAUUUAAAUUCAUCAUUUGUUAGAUACUCGAGUCUCCCGCGCGAAAUCGUCUGCACGGAAAAUCUGACUCCUUGGAAGAAGCUGUUACCGUGCGAAUCGAAAAGCGGCUUAGCUUCGCUCCUAAACUCAGGUUAUAUUCACAACACGCGCUAUCACUCAGUGGCUAUACAUAUGCGUCCGGUUUGUCGCGACAGUUCGUGCGAGUUCGUGUCGUUAGAACUGCAACAAACUGUGUCUCUUGUUUACGAUUAUUUAAUUCUGGGAACGAAAAACUGGUCGUUUCGCAAAUUAUUCGGUCAGGGGUUGAUGGGGCGGUGCCCAUUGGCCGAAACCAGCACAAUUUACAUCGAUACCACCAGUAAUACCAGUGUUCCAUUUCAAUUAACCCCAAGUCCGGACGAUUACGUGACGUCGAUUCGUGGCGGUCAUGUUAACACUUUCGCUAAAUACGUAGUUAGACCGUAUGCCAUGAGCUUGAAUGCGAAUUUUUUGGGCAAGGAGAGUGUUUUAUUGAACGCGCCCCCGUCUCUCCACGCCAAUCAGUACAUCACGGGCUAUGGCCAGGAGAGAGGAGGGAUUGUGACCAAAAUUUACAACAACCAUUGGAGUCAUUUGGACGUGGUGGUGUUGCAAAAUAUACCAUGGUACGUCCCUAUUUACCUCCACACGCUCAAAAUUGAGGUGAACGGCUUGGAGGCCGAGCCGUUGAAAAUUCGUUACAUUCCGGGCCGCCAAAGGGAGCGACCUUACCACCUUGAACUCCUGUUGAAAUUGCCGGCACGUUCCGUUACGUCCGUGUCCGUCGAUUUUGAUUACGUGUUUCUAAAAUGGCAAGAGUACCCACCUGAUGCCAAUCACGGUUUUUACAUUGGCUCUGCAAUAAUUUCGGCUAAUUUACCGCUUGCGCGGAAUUUUACCGGUUUGCCGCAAGACGGCUCAACGAUCGCUGAUAGUUUCAAUGCCUCGAGAAGUGGUUACUUGGUGCAAGUUCGCACCGAAAAUAUGGUAAUUACGUUACCGACGCCCGAUUUUAGUAUGCCUUAUAACGUAAUCUGCUUAGCGUGCACCGUAGUUGCUUUAGCUUUCGGUCCGUUGCAUAACAUCACGACCAAAAGACUUGUCUUGACGGUCAAAGACAACGAGAAACUUAUCGUCAAAAUCAAGAAUAAGAUCGUCAAGGUUUUGACCGAUAGGCGAGGAGGUGAAGAGAAACAAAGUGUUCAGUAAUUGUGAAUUUUAUUAGUGUAAUCUUUUUUUCACAUCCAAAGACUAGUUUUUAUAAAAAUAAACAAAACAAGAGUGGA